GUAAAGAUGGCGGCGUCCUCAUCAGCAGGACGCGUUUUGACUCUUUGCAAGCAGUUUCAAAAUGUCGUUAGAAUAUCUUCAGCGAUAAAUGCGCAGCACUGUGCGGUUAAUGUGACCAAAUGCCAGAAUCGUCUUUUCAGGGAAAACUCUCCAUUCGUUGCCCCAUCUUGGUGCAGUCCCAUCAGCUCUGUGGGUCAGUGUCGAGCUCUGCACACAACCAUCAGCAGAAGAGGACUGGAGGAGUUCUUUGACUUCCCUGAAAACUGGGGAGAGGCCAAAGUGAAGUCUGGUGCCCCGUGGACUGCCAAACAACUGAGAACAAAGAGCAACGAGGAUUUACACAAACUCUGGUAUGUGCUGUUGAAAGAAAAGAACAUGUUGCUGACACUUGAACAGGAAGCAAGAAGGCAAAGGGUUCAGAUGCCGAGUCCAGAAAGAUUAAGGAAGGUUGAGCGGUCCAUGAUCAGACUGGAGACAGUGGUGAACGAGCGAGAGACUGCGCUGCGUCUGCUGCAGACAGGACAGGAAAAAGGCAGACCAGGAGCCUGGAGGAGGAACAUAUUUGGAUACAUCUACUGGUAUCGAUUCAAAGAGUAUGCAAUUCCUUGGUAUAUGAAUAAAAGAUACAGGCGAAAGAAGUUCUACACACCUAUGUUUGUCCAACCAUACAUCAGGAUGCGUAUGGAGCAGCGCAUUCGGGAAAGGGUCAGGAAAGAAAACUUGGAAGAAAACACAGGCCAAACUAAAGGGGGAGUUUCCUCAAAUGAAGAUUCCCUCAGUGUGAAAUUUCAGGCUCCCACCGUGCUGAUCGUGAAGUUUUGACAGCUGUGAUCCUCACAUCUGUCCAGACACAAAGCCCUCUCCGCAUUUUAUUUGAUAAGUUAAUAAGGACUGACUGGGCACUCUGAAUCAGGUCAAUUCAAGUAACUGAAUGUGGUCUGACACUGUUAUCUAAAAUGUUGUCAUACUUGUUAUUAAAACAUCUAAUAUUGAUUGUUUUUACUCAGAAUGCUUUGAGUCAAUAAGAUUAAUAGUUAAACUCAUGUGUCCCUUGAUAACCUUUAAAAUAUAAUCAUGUCAACCACACACCAUGCUUCUGUACAAAUAAAAAUAUUCAUACAGUACUGUUUGUGUAAAAGUAGGUUUUCGGAAGUUUAUCACAAACUCAUUUAACAAAAAAAUGACUUUA